CUGGAACUCAAACAGGAAUCUGCAAAAAGCCAAACAUCUCACCUGAAAUUAGGCUACAUCAUAAGAGCUGGUGCAGGUAUUUAAAUACUGCUGAACUACCUUUUUGAAGCUGAACCGAGAAAAAAAAAAACUUUCAUCUUCAUCUUGAAGUCUAAGGGUACCAUCAUGGAGUUUACACUGGAGGAACAGAUUGAUAUGAUCCUGCGCCUUUUAGUAUCAGAUUAUGUGCAACAAAACCCAAAGUCCACCAGCACACAACUAUUCUCUUUUUUGGCACUGCUAAACGCGUACAUUCCUGAGGCCUACCUUCUGAUGCCUGAGUGUCAGAAGAUCCUUGGACCACCUGAUCCCAUCCAUGGAGGCCCCCCCUUUGAAGAAAGAAUGGAGCCUUUUACGUGUUUAAUCAACACAUCCAGUCCAAACCCUGAACACAUAUGUAUGACUCACACAGUGUUUGCACAGAGUGCUGUGAAUCUACUAGCUUCCUUAGGGAUUUCCAGGAGUACUAUAGCGAAUCAAUUUAUGUUCUCACUUUGUGGAGAUCAGCCCCAACCACAUAUACUCCAGUUCAUCAAAGAGUUGCUGACAAAGAGAGAAUUGGGAGAAAAUGGUAAAGAUAAGUUUUCCAGGUUAAUUAAAGAUAUACAAGAGAAAGAGAAAUUGUACAAAGCCGUGUCUGUCUUGAAAACUGCAUCAGAUAAAUUAAAACAGAACCCAAUGUUUCCCCAAACCAUUUCCCGUCUUUAUUACAUCAGAAAAGGGAACACUGACUAUAAAAAAGCUCAAGAAUGGGCAAAGGAAGCCAUUAAAAGAGCUCCAAACAACUCUUAUGUAGCUGACACUCUUGGGCAGGUAUACAAGAACCAUUUGAUGAGAGAAGCCAAGGGACUGGAGGACAUCUUGCACAUGGCGAAAGAUGCCUUCAAAGCCUUUAAAGAUGUGGAGAGGAAAGCUGACAAAGAAGAGGGCCCAGAAAUGAAGGACACAGCUGGUACUGUAAGCAUUUCAAAUUCUUUCAACAACAGAGGCCUCUUUGGCUUUAUUCAAGUGGCAAAGAUAACCUUUGAGAAACUAAAUAAGUUACGAUCACAGGAACACAGUUUUAUUCAAAGAUUAAAACUGGAAGUUGAAGCCAAGUUUGACUUUUUUGAAUGGUACCUAGUCUACUCCAAGCCUGACAUGACAUCCUUAGAGCCGAAAUUCUUUUGGGAGGAUGUUGUACUUUGUUACGAAAAGUACACAACAAAAACAGCAGCUAAAUCCACCAGCUUUCCAGGCCUUCUAGAUUGUCUGAAUCACGGCCUUUUCACAUCAAAAGGAAGACGUGCUGGGUUUGAGGAGGCCGAGGAAACAGUGUCUGAUUUAGAGGCAAUCCAAGAUCAUUUGAAAACCAUAUACGAGGCAAAUGUUGACGAUGUCAAAGAAGCUGAGAGGUACAUCCUCUCCAACAUCAUCUUGAGCAACAAGACGCAUAACUCUUUGCAGCACACUCCAGUGAAAGAACUCCAAGCAAUAAUUUACAGAUUCUUGGGCACAGAAGUGGGGCGUAGAAGCCCUGAGUUUUACCUUUUGGUUCUGCUGUUGUUUUGGCCUGAGGAAGAGCCUCGGGUGGUGCAAGAAGAGGAUGAUGAAGAAGUGGAACAAACGGCCACAGAGGAUGACGAGUCAGAAGACAAAACCUGGGAGGAUGAGGACAGCAAUGAGGAACAAGAAACAAGAGGAGAGCCUGCACAGCUAUCCCUUGACCUCAUGUUUGAGCCUGACCUGCAACAGUAUGUCACAUUCAUGGAGAAAGCGUUUGAGAGAGCUGAGUAUGCCAAAUACCUUCGAGGCAGGUACCUUUUGCCUCUGUUUUUUCUGGGGACGGGCUCUGGACUGAGCAAAUGGAUUCACAAAUCAAGGUUGGAUGCAAUCGUGGGAAAAAAGGUGGAUGCUGAGCUAGCUGAUGAUCAUGAUGAAAGAACUAAGAAGAAAUGGAGUCGUAUCAAUGAAAUGUGGAUCAAUGGGGACGUGUGGCGAGUCCCAGAAAUCCAAGACAUGCUUCUCCCAAUCCACGGAGAGCUUUGCCACUCUCCCAAUAUGCCACAGGAGCAUGGAAAAGAGCGAGUGUUUCUUUGUGUUGGAGGGAAGAAAAUAAUGGCUACAACAGAGGUUGAACAACCUGAAGCUCCAGUGUUGAGCCCAAAGCUUUUCUAUCUUGGCUUCACAAUUCAGGGUCCUGUCGUCUUCAACGUGGGAUAUCCUUACCGUACAUGUCUGGAGAGUAAUUGACAAUGAACACUUUGGGAUUAAAAUACAUACAUGCUAGGGAACUUAUGCCACUGUCCUUGACAUAGGCACUGACAUUACAACUGGAGUUGGUCCCCGGGCGCUGGACUAUGGCUAAACUUACUGACUGCUCCUAAUGAGUUAGGAUGGCUUAAAUGCAGAGAGAGAGAAUACAUUCCUCGUAUGUGUAAAUUAACUUGGCAAAUAAAUUAAAUAUUACUCAUAUCAUUACAAAAUGUUAUGGCAACCCAUUCAAUAGUUACUUAGAUAUUACUGUCUGAAGCGAAGCGGUGGACUGACCGACAGGUCAUCAAUUUCAUAGAGCCACCUUGCCAGCUAAAAAUAACUGCCUUUGGGACAGAAAGACACAUUUAAUCAUGAAAAAUAACUGUUAGGUUUGGUUUA